CCCCAUCAGAGUGCCCCCUUACAUCAGGUGACCCCAUCAGAGUGCCUCCUUACAUCAGGUGACCCCAUCAGAGUGCCCCCUUACAUCAGGUGUUCCCAUCAGAGUGCCCCCUUACAUCAGGUGUUCCCAUCAGAGUGCCUCCUUACAUCAGGUGACCCCAUCAGAGUGCCCCCUUACAUCAGGUGUUCCCAUCAGAGUGCCUCCUUAUAUCAGGUGUUCCCAUCAGAGUGCCCCCUUACAUCAGGUGACCCCAUCAGAGUGCCCCCUUACAUCAGGUGUUCCCAUCAGAGUGCCUCCUUAUAUCAGGUGACCCCAUCAGAGUGCCUCCUUACAUCAGGUGACCCCAUCAGAGUGCCCCCUUACAUCAGGUGUUCCCAUCAGAGUGCCUCCUUAUAUCAGGUGACCCCAUCAGAGUGCCUCCUUACAUCAGGUGACCCCAUCAGAGUGCCCCCUUACAUCAGGUGUCCCGUAUCAGAGUGCCCCCUUACAUCAGGUGACCCCAUCAGAGUGUCCCCUUACAUCAGGUGACCCCAUCAGAGUGCCUCCUUACAUCAGCUGUCUCCAUCAGAGUGCCCCCUUACAUCAGGUGACCCCAUCAGAGUGCCUCCUUACAUCAGCUGUCUCCAUCAGAGUGCCCCCUUACAUCAGGUGACCCCAUCAGAGUGCCCCCUUACAUCA